AUGUAUUUUCCAAAACGGUUGCGUACGUCCUGUGCGGUCUCCCACUGCGUCCACAGACUUGUACGCUUCGAACAGUACCUUGCUCGUUACUCUACGCACCCACUGAAAACUCACCUUGCCAUCGUACUCCGCCAUCGAGUGGUCAACUUGAUCGAGAUCGCGGGCAGAAAGGGAGGUGAAAACACGGGGAAUUGGUGUAUGACCUCCUUCUCCGGCAGUCGCUUGGUGAUGCGCCGUCUCUCUAAGCGUUCUCGUGAAGCCGUGACGCGGGCGGGCGGAAGUAUGGCGCACGCGCAGGAAGGCGGCUUCCACCCUGUCAGAAGCGGCGGCUUAGCAUACGGACUUGUGGAAAGACUUCUACGUGCACGCCUUCCGGUUCAUAGCGCCGUGAUCGUGGACGGCGCGCACACACCUAUAUUAUGUUAG